CCAAGUUGCGAGCUCUAGGGUUUAAUGCAGCGAAUGGCGCUGCCGCUGUGGAGCGCUACCGGCAACGCGCGAAUGCCACUGGCGCUGCCUGGCGCGCAUCUCCUGGCGGAUUAUGGCUCCUUGCGUGCUCCUGGCCGAGCGUCCAGGAGCUUGAGCAUCCGGGCGGCAAUAGCGCACGACACCUAUGAGGAGCCGAAGAAGUCUUUCGAGGCUCGCGUCAAGGAGGAGGUGUCUAUCGAUUUGAAUCCGCCGCGCGGGACAAGGGAUUUCGCCCCGCCGCUGAUGCUGCUGAGGAACUGGCUGUUCUCGCAUUUUAAAGAGGUCUCAAGAUUAUUUGGAUUUGAGGAGGUGGACUUUCCGGUGGUGGAGUCGGAAGCGCUAUACGUCAGAAAAGCUGGAGAAGAGAUUACACAGCAGCUCUAUAAUUUUGAAGACAAAUCUGGCCGCAGACUAUGCUUGCGACCAGAAAUUACGCCGUCGAUAGCAAGGCUUAUCAUCCAAAAGGGUUGUGAGGUUGUUUUGCAUGAAUAUAAAGCCGCACGCUGUACUGAUAUGAAUGUAUGGAGGAAAUCGCUCGUUUUCCCUCUGCGAUGGUUUACGAUUGGUCAGUGCUGGCGUUAUGAGAGAAUGACGAAGGGAAGAAGAAGAGAACAUUAUCAAUGGAACAUGGACAUAUUUGGGGUGCCUGGCGUUGAGGCAGAAGCUGAACUCCUUGCAGCUAUUGUCACAUUAUUCACUAACAUGGGGUUCACCGCAAAUGAUGUGCGGAUACGUGUCUCUAAUCGUAAGGUGCUCCAAGCUGUUUUAGAUCGAUAUUCUGUUCCACAGGACAAAUUCAACAGUGUAUGUGUAGUUGUAGAUAAGAUCAACAAGAUCUCCAAAGAGGAAGUCGACCAACAACUCAUGGACCUGGGACUCUCUUCCACGGCUAUCAAUGGAAUUAGACAUGCUAUACUACUUAAAAACCUUGAUGAUAUUCAAGAAUUAAUCGGAUCUUCAAGCGAGGCAUUUUUGGAAAUGAAGAAGUUGUUUGCUUUGUCAAAAGCUUAUGGCUACGACGAGUGGCUAGUUGUAGAUUUGGGAAUAGUGCGGGGACUGUCAUACUACACGGGUAUCGUAUUUGAGGCAUUUGAUACGCAAGGGAAAUUUCGUGCAAUCUGUGGUGGUGGUCGAUACGAUAAGCUUAUUUCAAAUUUUGGAGGCCCUUCGAUACCCGCCUGCGGAUUUGGUUUUGGGGAUGCAGUUAUUGUAGAUCUUUUAAACGAAUGCAAUCUAUCGCCAGUUCUCGGACACGAGGUUGACGACGUUGUGUUCGUCUUGGAUGAGGAGCUCCGCUGUCAUGCGUGCAACAUUGUGUCGCGGCUGCGCUCGGCUGGACGUACUGUUGAUAUGAUUUUAGAAAACAAAAAACUGAAAUGGGUAUUCAAUUAUGCAUCAAGAAUAGAUGCAAAACGCAUGAUUCUCUUGGGCAUAAGAGAGUGGGAAGAGGGAAAUGUUCGCGUGAAAGAUCUAGUUACGAGAGAGGAGACCGACGUAAAGGUGGCUGAACUGGUGCCAAGAGUUCCCAAAGAGGUGCAGCGUGGUCAGGGUAAACUCCCUGACAAGGAACGCAAUCUUCGUUAUUUACAUCCCGACGAGGUGAAAUUGGUUGAUGCCUCUGGAAGAUAUCCGGAAGAGUAUGAAGUAGGAUUUCCUAGUCGUGGCAUUCUGGAGGCUUUUGUGGACGAGUGCAAGCAGAAGCAUGCCGAAUUCAAAUGCAGGCGCCGGGGAGACCCUGCUCCGGGGCACCUUAAGUACGUUCUAAGGGAGAUGAACCUUGAAGACGUUGAUCUCGAAGAUUUGACAAUAGAUGACGCCAUGAAUCUGUGGGUGAAAAACUCGGGCGGUAUUAUUUGGGAGGAUGCAUAUCAGUUGAUACACGAUCAUAAGCUCUCAAUCUCCCACAUACUGGACAUGGAUGUUUUUAAAGGACAAGGGAAGCUGGCUGCCUUGAAAACAAGACGAGAACCGAACAUUCCCAACUAUCUUGACGACUAAAUACUAAACAACGGCUGCUGUGAGUUUACGUGAUCUUGUACAUUGUAGGCAACGAAAUCUGGUAAUUGAAGGUUUCUUUGGUGA